AUGCUAUCAGUCUCACCCAAGGUCAACGAUACCCCAAAACAAAUAUUUGAUAAUCAUUCAUAAAAUGAUCUUGGAGAUUAAGAAAAAAGCUCCAACGCAACCUAACUUUCACUUUAACGCAGAGCGGAUGAUACUCAAGAAGCUUCCAAUUAAUCUUAAAUGAAGCAAUAAAAUACUUGGAAUGCUUAUGAGUUUUCUUCUUCCAGUUCCAAUGAAGGAUACGAGGCUCGGGAGGAAAAUCCUGAAACUUAAUCAAUGGCCGCCGGUCAAAAGAAGUAAUAUUCUGUGACUACUGAUGACUCCCGUAAACGAUUCAUAGAACUUUGGAACUCUGGUACUAUCACAAUAAAACAAGCAGCCUAAGCUUGCGGUAUCAAUUAUAGUACUGCGAAAUCAAUUGUGAAGCUCUCUAAAAUGGAGGGAAGAAUUGAAAAGAAGAAGAAGAGAAUCAGCAAGCGCAUGCGUAGAGAGAAAGAAGAACUAGAAAAUCUCCUACACUCGUCAUUAAAGAGACAGAAAGUUGAGCUUCCUAGUUUGGACCAACGAACAAGCGAACCCCCAUAAUUCUUAUAAUAGCUAGGUAUCCUUCCUACAGGUCAGGAUCCAAAGGAAAAAUAAUUAGUUGAGAAGGCUUGUAGCAAUCAAUUAGUUGGUUUGACCUCGGACUUUUUGAGCUUCUCUUAGCAUAUCCAGAUGAAUUUAUCUAGACAAGACACAAUAAUCCCUAAAAGUAUUCUAGAAAAUAACUCCUUUUUGUUAGAAAAAGAAGUCUAAUUAAACAGUUUGUCUGCGAUUGAAUUGAGAAACUUAUCUCUGAAUUAAUUAUAAUAAUUUCAAGAGAUUGUCAAGCUCAACCAGAAUAACUCUAUAAGACAGCAAGAAUAGAGAAGCUGCCUUGUAGAGAACUGUGAAUUGGGUCUGAAUAAGAGAAGAAACAUAUUGUUUGAGGUCUUAAUAGAGAAGACAUUAGAUGAAAAGAUAGGAUUAGAGAAGAAGGGGUCUAGUUUCCUUCACUCAUUAUAUAUUUGA